AUGGCUUCUAAACAGACCUUCGUGACACUGAACAGCGGUUACCAAAUGCCCCAACUCGGAUUUGGCACAUACCUGGUACGAUUCCAACUCAAUCCGUCUACUUGUAGUCAACACCACACGAAGUGGAAAUGCCCGUACUUUGGGCAAUCGAUGCAGGCUAUCGGCAUAUCGAUUGCGCCCACAUAUACAGGAAUGAAGUGGAAGUUGGUAGGGCCCUCAAGAAGAGAUUUGAUGAUGGGACUGUAAAGCGGGAGGAUAUGUUCAUCACGUCGAAGGUAUCCUGGAAUUCUGCAUGGUGACCAUACAACUGCUGGUAGUUGUGGUGCGAUGCACAUCGUCUGAGCGAUGUACGUCCGGCUUGUGAAGAGAGCUUGCGCAAGUUGGUACUGGACUACCUGGAUCUAUAUCUCAUUCAUUUUCCGGUGCCAUUUAAGGUUACUUGCCACUUGUACAUUUUACAGAUGUUCGUAUGCAGGUGAAAGAGGGUCAAAAAUUCUCAGCAACAGACCCCAGCGUGUUCGAGUUUGAGGACGUGCCGUUGGAGGAGACGUGGAAGGUCGGUUCGUCUUUUGAUUCUAUUUGGCUUCAAAUUGUCAAUGAGCUACAAGUAAUUUUGAAUUUAUAGCUGAGUUGGUAGAUUUCAACGGGAUUUCAAUGUGAGCUAAAAGAUGGCAGACGCAUUGGAUCUGACAUCGAAGCUGGCCUUAGUCGUAUCUGGCUCUCUAACACUUUCCAAACCCGACAGGCUAAAAUGUUAAGCAAAAAUUAAAGCAAACCUCGAUGGGCUAGAAGCCCUAGACUGAACAUUGUGUGCACUACCUGAUCAUUAAAUUCAAACGCACGGGGCUUCAUUUUGGAGGUGGCGAGUUUCACGCGAUUCAUAGCGCCAUAUUGACUACAUACAAAUGAUAUAUUACCGCAGGAAAUGUUAACUGAAAUUCUGAAGUGUGUGCUUGUAUUUCAAAAGGUUACUUUCGUAGAGUUGGUCUACUACAUAUCAAGGUAUAUCAUGUUAAAAUAUUCUAAUUACAGUGAGUGUCCGAUCUCAUGCUAUGUUAGCCAAUAUUCAGGAAGGCAUUUUCGACUAUAAGGGAUUACCUGGGUGGGGUUGUAAUACUGAAUAUCUUGCGGCAUUAUUCUAUAAUAUUUCGGACUCGGCAGGAUGUCGGCUUUUGAAUGCAUACUUUUAAUCUUUUGUAGAAAUCGUACUCGGUAAAAUAAUGACUAUUUAUAUUAUAUGCAAUUUUCAGGCUAAUUUACGAUGAUCUUAUAAAUUCAACAAUAUUUUACAAAAAACAUGGACGGAAAUAUUCUUUCCCUCGUUUAAUCGAUAAUCACGUCUUCUUUAUAUGUGAUACCCGAAUAAGGACUAUAAUUGGGUUCUGAAAAUGUUUCAAAUUAUGAGAUUUUUAGAGACCGUACAAUGUCCACUCGUACAGCAUCGUGCCUGUCCGUUUACCGUAUGAAAUGUAAAACAUAGUCCGCACCCACUGCGAACUUUUAUGGUCUCAAUGUGGUGUUUUUAUAAAGGCAUAUAAAAGUAUAUGAUUUUCCUUACUCGAACGCAUGCCCCUUGCAGGCUGAAAUCACUAAGCGCUUAUGUAAGGGCUGAUCAUUCUUCAAAUUAUUCGGGAAUUAAAAAACUUUUUAAAACCUAAUUAUACUCCUUUUUCGGGUAUAACAUAUAAAAAUGGCGUGAUUAUCUUUCAAACCAGCUAAAAAAUAUUUCUUAUCUUGUAUCUAUAAAAUAUAUUUGGAUUUAAAAGAUCACCGAUAGUCAUUCUGAAAAAUGAAUGCUAAAUAUGUAGUCAUUUUUCAGCAAGUACGGUUUCUACAGGCGAUUGAAAAAGGGCAUUCAAAAGCCGAUAUCCUACAGAGUCCGAAAUAUUAUAGGAUUAUGCCGCACGAUAUUCAGCAUUACAAUCUCACCUAGGCAGACCUUCCCAAUUGAAAACGCACUCCUGAAUUUUAGCCAACAUUUCAUGAGAUCGGUCACUCAUUGUACGUCAGAAUGCCGACUCUCGAGUGAGUUUCUUACUGACCGUUUGCAUAGACUGCAUUUCAAGUAAAAUGAGCGCUUAAUUAACAAGAAUUAUUCCCAGCGACUUUUGAUAUCUUUAUCAAUUAUAAUAUAUGCCCUAAAAUGCGUACACAAAAUACUUCUUCUUUUGCUUAUUUAGUGGCAAAUUACACCUUCUCUAAAAUUUGUACGCUGAGAAAGAGGAUCUUCAAGUUUUAAACAUAAUUUCUGAAUUCUAGAAUAAUUUCGACUAAGACCUGCCGCUACACUUGUACUCAGUCUUUCCGAACCGCAACCUGAAGACUUUUCGUUCGACGGAAAUCACUUUUUUCUAUAUGCCAUUAUGAAGGGGACAUAUUGGACUUAUAAAAUUUUGAAUGGAUGGGAGACACGUUGACCUGUGCUAAUACGUUUCUGUACGAUCAAAAAUUUCACGGUCUUAAAAAUCGCCUAAUUAGAAAUGUUUUUAAAAUUGAACGAUACGUCUUCAGCAAGUAUUAAGUUUGAAGAAUGCGUAAUUUGUUACCACAGAAUAUUUCAAGGCAUGUUUUCUAUAAAAUGUAAUUUGAUUUAUAAAGGCAUCGAAAAUCAAUGGGAAACAUUCGUGCUACUCAAGUGGUCAAUUUUUACUCAGUAUAAUUUAUCAUAUAUGAAGCUCGUUUGAAAGCCGGCAUUCCGACGUGGCGUGGACAGCCUAACACUAUGCGACAAGAUAGUUAAUAUGAUAACCAUACUUAAGUAAGCUUUUCAAAUUGACAGUGAGUUUCAAAACUAUGGUUAAAAUUUCACGAGAUAGCCCACGUUGUAACCAGCUGGUCAACGCUUGGAAUUCUCCACGCCCUCCUCGCAAGUGCUUCCACCUUUGGCCACUGUCGACAUUCCCCUUCCCCCCUUUUGUAACCCUCUUUCGAACGUGAUCGGCGUUCUCUUAAUUAACUAGUUUUGUAUUCUGAUCUUGAGCUGGGAAUUCGAUUUGCUCAAACAGUAACAAAGGAAUUCUUUGCCUAGGGUAUCCAUUGUUGAGGCUUGUACGUUUUUUAUUAUUACCAUAUUCUAUCAUUAGUAUCGUAUAUUUACCGCAAUUUGUUUUGGCUUAUAUGCGUAAAUAAAACUGCAAAGAAUUCUACAACCUAUCUUAUGUAAACUAAGAAAGAACCAGCUGCAUUCCAGCUCAUGACCAGUAGCAUAUCAUAAUAGAUUUGAAAUUCACUUGGACGUUUUUCAGGCUAAGAGUCUAAGUGCUUUAUAUUAGCUGGCCAAUUUUCGAUCUCUUCUCCUCGUCCUCUCCCAUCCACCUUGUCUGUGCGUGUCAAGCUGACUGGGGAUGAUGGGAAUCCACUGAUGAACAGGACUGCUCACAUCUGGGUCAAGCAGUGAUCCAAAAUCGGCUAAACACGGCUCUGAUUUUUAAGGAAGUACUCGUGCUGGGAUAAUGGUAGGGCAGUCUCAGUGUGGUACCGUUUUGUAAUACUAACUGCAGUUAGAAAAGCUAUGCUCAUUGGUCCGUGUCUCUGUACGUCGGAUGGAAAUCGGCUCAUAUGUUCGUAGCAGCCAUCGCAUCAAAAGUGAGAAGAUUUGUUUUGGGAGCUUACUUCCAAUUCAGGCCAAACUACAUGGAAGGAAUUGUUUUUACUUCUGAAUGUUCCCAGCCCCCGCGCAUAUGUCAGACGGUGCAUUUUUGAUCGAUAUUUCUACAUUCUACGUUCCUUGUCUUCCACGCGCAUUUUAUGUUCAUCUGCGUCCAGGGCAUGGAGGGGCUAGUUGAGGCCGGACUCGUUCGGUCAAUCGGCCUCUCGAACUGCAAUGAGUCUCAAAUUGAACGAAUUCUGGCCGUCUGCAAAAUACCUCCUGCGGUAAACCAAGUUGAAGUUUCAGUGCAUUGGUUAAAUGACCGUCUGGUAAAUUACGCCCACUCGAAGAGCAUUCAUAUCGAGGCAUACGCACCUCUGGGUUCUCCGACCCUAAGGAAGUAAGUCAGAGCUGUUUACCAUUUGAUGACCAGCCGGUAAUUUCAACGACCAGCUAACUUCACUUGUAUAAAAAUGAACAAUGUAUGUUAGCUUACUUGUACAUAUCGCCUAGGUGCAUUCUUCGGAAAAAUAGUAGCACCACCUUGUUUCAGUAUGUUGCCAUCAUUUGUGAGAUUUGAUCAUGCUUAGUCGUGGAAUGGACAUUUAAAUCAUCGAGCCUGAUUUGGGAGAGCGUUCAUGAUUCCGGGGUUCUGAGAAUUCUAGUUAAUCCCAGACUAGUUGUGUUGGACUAAAUUCGGGAAAUCAACUUGAUCUUGAAGGGAUCUUACGCCGUGAGUACGCUCAAAGCCCUCUACAGCGCAUCGAAUGUCUGCCGGUAUAGCGUCAUCCGGAAGAAAUUCAUUUCGGCAGCCAAUGCAGUUACAGUACAUAAACACAACGAUAUGUACAUGUACUGGAAGAUGGGCAACCUAGUAUGGUAACUUUUUAAACUCAUGAAAUGUGCCGAAAAGUUGCUAGUUGCUCGCAAGCCGGCACGCGUGGACGGACAGAAACUCUGGAUUAAUAAUGGAACAGUGACUAAUAAAUUUGAAUAGAAUUGGCCGAUGCGAUCGUAAACAUACCAGUUUGUGUGUGUAUAGUAAGAGAACUCUCCUUCAUGAAAAUUAUUCACAUUUUUUCUGCUGCUGAGAACGUGGACUUUCAGAUCGCUAUAAUUUUCAGUGUUUGUGAUCGCCUACCCAUAAGGGUGUAUUUUGUAGUGUAGGCAUAUCAGUGCCUUAAAAAUAAAAUACCUAUUUGAAACAUUCACCGAACCAAUGAUUACUUGGGCAUCCUUUUUAUGCAGACGUCCGUUUCGACCAUAUCUGUAGACUCAUCGAAAUAUUAAAACUCAUUCCCAAAAAAUGAACGUACACAAAGAAAGUCGGACAUGAGUACCAUUCAGAUCGACUGAAAGACCUUGCCUAAUAGGUUAUCCCUUCACAAAAUUUUAAUAAGGUAUGCCGCUGACGGGUGUCCGUGUACUUUGUCUUUUUCUAAGGUAAAAUUAAGGUAGAGUGGGGUCUUUUGGUCGGUUUAUUACCUCCCUGAAAACAUAAUGAUAAUUUUUCUUCUGCAGACGAAUGAAACUAAUGAGGUAUAUUUGCUUACAUUGCAACUCCGUUCUAGAGUUUUAAUCUCGCAACAAGAUGUUACUAGAAUUGCUACUUUUCUGACCGUUGUGCUUUUAAAUUACGUACUAGUAGAGGUUAUACCAUACAAACUUAUUGCAUCGUACGCUUUGAAGUUGGCAUAGUCACUCUAGCGAGGGUCUUUUCAUGGUUAGUUAUUGAGUAUUCGGAAAUGGCUGGAAAAUAUCAGAACGCAUAAACAAGGGAUUUCCAUUAGGGGCUGCUACUUAGUUUUACAGCAUAAAUCACACAGGUUUACAAAGCCCGCUUUUAAAAAUCAAUAAACCGACCAAAUAAUCCAAAAACGACCUCCGUGCUUACGCCCUGACCAGUCUGCUUUACUUGUAAAUGAGAUAACAUUUUCAAGCUUAGGUUGAUCUCCUUCGAGAGAAAAGCACGCAUGAAUGCACAAACUUAGCUUAGGACACCUACUAGCAUAGAAAAUUUACUGAGCGCCAGGUAACGUAAUUUUCUACUCACAUAUGCAAAUACUGUGACAGAUAAAAUUAUUUAUAAACAUAUUUUGUAUGUAAAAGCGAUAUUUUCUAGAAGGGACCAGACGAAAAAAUAAAAUGGGCAACAUCUUAAGUGCAUAAAACUAAUUUCAUUGCUUUCAUCAUAAUUAAUCAUGAGUUAGGUCACAUACUGUAAAUAUAUCUUGAACUAAAUAAGUUCUUGGAGAAAUCCGGUAAACCCCAUUUCGCAAAAUUUCGGCAUGCCUACCAAGGCCAUCGUCAGACUUGCAGUAAAUUUACAAAACGGUCAAAAAUUUAAAGAUGUUUAAAAUAGAUCCUGAUUUUGCAUCCCUGAUAAUAAGCCUUUGCCAUACGCUGAUACUCGUCUCGCAUUGGCUGUCACCUUUCCAUUUUUUCCUCAGAUCGUUGUACACAGCGUUUAGUUCGGUGUGCCUGUUCAUACAUGCGUAAUCAAACUCUAAGCUAUUUAAACUUCGCAGUCUUUCUUGGAUUGAUAGGCAUCACUACGGGGUGUAGUGCUAUUUCUAGGUGCGGAUUCUUGCCGUACCGGCCACCUGCGUUAUCUUUCAUCACUUGGUCAUGACGUCGGGCCUAGGUGGGGGCAGUAGAGGGGUUGCAUUAGAUGCAGCGUAAGUCAACUAAUACUAUUAAAUACUAAUUCCCGUGCAAGUCACCAUCCCUGUUUUCAGCCUGACGACGGACAUCGUCGAAAUCGACGGUCGACUGUGGUCGUUAUAUACAUAUGUUUGUAUAUACACAUAUAUCUGAAGAAAAGUGAGUCCUUUGGGAAAAUGUGCAAACUUUAUUUCGCAUUUUCUCGACGCUGGAUUUCCAAGUUGUUGCCACAUCUGUCAAAAGGCAUAAAUAACAGUUGAAAUUUGAACGCGCACGAAAAAUCGAUAUUGCUUUGUCACUGCUGCCAGUGGGUCGAUGCUGUGAGCUGACACCACAUUUUGGUUAGCUAUCGCCUUUGCCAAUUUUCUUUGAAAUUGGUGUACAUGGCGUCCAGCUCGAUGUGCCGACUGAUGCAUGAAUCAUCAAAAUGAAUGACCUCCAGACAGCUAACUGUUCUGUCAUGCUCCCACCCUAUCAAACGAUUCGUUACAGCGAGAAGGAACUGGAUUGUUCCAAUCAGCCGCCAAAACCAAAACAUUGGCGAACGCUUCCCUACAUGUGUCUGAAAUCUUUGAGAGACACCUGAGGAAGCAACAAAUACAAGUGACUCACAAACCGACGACCACGCUACGCAAUCAGCUUGUGUACCCUAAGGAUACGGUUGGCUAUUUGGAUAAAAACGAAGUAGUCUAUAAGAUUCCAUGUGACAAUUGUAAUGCAGUAUAUUGUGGUCAAACCGGAAAAUCCGCCUCUACACGUCUACAUGAACACCAAUUGGCAGUGAAGAGGCGGAACCACUUAUUCCCAGUCGCCAUGCAUACUCUUGAAACUGGGCACAAAUUCGCUUGGGACUAAACAUGCAGUGUCGGCUCCUGCCAACAUAAGAAAAGCCGAGAAUUCCUAGAGGCCAUUCAGUCUGAUGACUCAUUCAUCAAUCGACGCAUUAAUCUUGACGCCAUGUUCAUAAAUCUCAAGGAGAAAUGGAAAAGUUAAUACUCAAUCAAGACGUGACAUCAGCCCACAGCAUUGACCCAUCCAUAGCCAUGACAAAGCAAUGUCGAUUUUUUGGGCAUGUUUACAUUUUGACUGCUUCUUCACAGUUACUACACGUCUAAAGACGAGCUGGGGAAGCAGACUCGAAAAGUUUCGAAAUAAAGUUUGUUCAUUUUCCCAAAGGACUCAUUCUUCUUCGAAAAAAAAUAUAUACUUGUGUGCUGAUUGAAGCUGAUUGCAUGUGCGUAUAUAGCGCAAACCACUAACAUUCGCAUUAAGCAAAACGAGGCAGCGCAUCCUGAGCUAAAACCGGCUGGUCUAACGUGGGUGUAACCUCCAGUUUCGUUCGUUUGCUUUGGUGUGCGCAGUUGUAAAAAUACGAACUAGGGGUUGACGCCGGAAAACUCACCUAAACCUACCUGGUCUAUGAUUUUCCAUAAGCAUUUACGCAUUCUAACUGUGGAGCGGUGAACAGUUUGGACCUAUAGCUCGUACGCUCUCGAAGCAUUCUUUGAACGCGGUAGGUAUGUCACUUCCACGCGGCUUCUUUCCACUGAGGGCAGACUUGUCCACAUGUGAUAACUGUUAUGCUCUUUACCGGCUAGUCCGCACAAACUAUUCUUUUGGUCACGUGUUUUGUGCUCCGGCCAAUGCAGUGCGUUCAGACCCGCGCGCGAACGUGACAACGCAGUCUGACACGUCAAUGCUUCUGCCCCGCAUGACUGUUGGGGGCUGGCCCAGAAGGAAACUGUCAAGUUUAGUCAGUUAGGCUUCAUAGAUGACAGGGACUUAGUGGAGAACACUAGCCGAUAUGUCCGUGCAAAAGAGGGUGGGCGUUUUCUGGUUUCAAUGUAGGAAGCUUACAGACCACAAAUGCAUGGCCAGGAGCGCAGUCAAGAGCGUUAGUAGUGAAAUUGCGGUUCCCAGGUGGCAUAUCAUAGGUAUAUAUAAUGGUAGAUAGGCGUUCAGCAAUCGUUCUUAAGGAACUCACUCGUUCCGUUUUGUCUUACGGGCUCUCUAUCGAGCUCAACCAGCAGCCGCACAGCGGCGCAUGAUAUAGGCAAUACGCUAUUACCGAAAAAGACAAGGGAGACUGGAAUGGGCAUUUCUGGUUUAUUAGCCGUCGUCGGACAGUCAUAUCCAAACCCAUGGUAUGGAACAUGUGGCCUCGAACGAUCAGUGAGCGCCCCUCUACCAUUGCAUAUUCCCGAUCGAAACCGACGAAAAAACGGGCCCGUGGCCCAGUGGUUAGAGGAGUGGACUUCUAAUUAACAGUCGCCAGUUCGAGCCCCAGGUGUUCCACGCCUUAGAGUUGGGUAUGGCUGUCUGACGACGGCUAAUAAACCUAGAAAUGGCCAUUCCAGUCCCCUCUGUUUUGUCAGUAUUAACAUUCUGCAUAUAUAUGUCAAGUGAAUAAUUUCGGAAAUUACUCAGUGCAGGACUUGGAGUUAAAUUUCCGGGACAGGACUUUUUACGGUCAGAACCGAAAUAUCAAUAAACAUUUGAGUCAAAGACAAUCAACUACUGUGGAAUAACCCCGUAAUGCCCAUUCUACAAACAAGCAGUAAUACGAGUAGUAUGAAUUCCAUAUGGUAAAGGUAUUAUACCGUACUCCCGACAUAGAUACUUGCUAAAAGCCCAGACGCGUGUUUCGCCGAUGUUCUGUCGCUGCGUGACACAGCUGCGAGGGCAUUGCUUGGUUAUUCCACAGUAUUUGCUUGUCUUCGACUCAAAUAUUCAUUGAAAUUUCGGUUCCGACCCUAAAAAGUCAUGUCCCGGAAAUUUAACUCCAAGUCCUGCACUGAGUAAUUUCUGAAAUUAUUCACUUGAUUAUUCUCUGGAGUUCAUAUACCAGAAACCGCUAGAGAACGUCGGGAGUCCCACUUCGGGUUUGGGUAUGGCUGGCUGACGACGGCUAAUAAGUCAGAAAUGGCCAUUCAAGUCUCCAUUGUCUUUGUCGGUAAUACCAUUCUGCCUAGAUGUCAUGCACCGCUGUGCGGCUGCUGGUUGUGCUCGAGAGAGAGAGAGCCCUUAAGGCACAGCGGAACGAGUGAGUUCCGUAUGAACGAUCGGUGAGCUCCCUCUACCAUUAUAUAUAUAAUAUCGCACUUGGAAAUCGCAUUUUCACUAUUAACGUUCUUACCUGCGCUCUUACCUCACCUCCCAUAUAUAUGUACAUCACACAUAUCUUUUACAUGGCAUAAUAUGUUUGAGGAGAGCUGUGUGCAUGACUUCCCAGUCUGUGAAAAUGGGUAGACGAAACAACAACUCGAAACGUUAAAUCUUCAAUGCACCUACCCCGGUGAACCCCUCCGUUCCAUUUAAGAACGUUAGAAUGAAGAGUGUCAACUACCAGUCUACAUUUCCGACCUGUGGCUCAAACGUCCACAUCUCCUGUUGCCAAUUCAUUAUAGCAAAUCAUUUAUGGUAGUGUGUGAUUUGGAAGAACUGAGAAGAAGGGAGGAGAUGGAGAAGACAGACUGAUAGAUAAUUGCUCUUGUAGGACCAAACAAUCCUUGACAGUGCUGUAAGUGGACGGCAUCAUUAAUCAUGAGUUAGGUCACAUACUGUAAAUAUAUCUUGAAGUAAAUAAGUUCUUGGAGAAAUCCGGUAAACCCCAUUUCGCAAAAUUUCGGCAUGCCUACCAAGGCCAUCGUCAGACUUGCAGUAAAUUUACAAAACGGUCAAAAAUUUAAAGAUGUUUAAAAUAGAUCCUGAUUUUGCAUCCCUGAUAAUAAGCCUUUGCCAUACGCUGAUAUUCGUCUCGCAUUGGCUGUCACCUUUCCAUUUUUUCCUCAGAUCGUUGUACACAGCGUUUAACUUGAUGUGCCUGUUAAUACAUGCGUCAUCAAACUCUAUGCUCUUUAAAUUCUGCAGCCUUUCUUGGAUUGACAGGCAUCAUUACGAGGUGUAGUGGUAUGUCUAGGUGCGGAUUUUUGCCCUACCAGCCACCUGCGUCCUCAUUCACCUCUGAUCUUCUUAACUUGGUCAUGACACCGGACCUAGCAGGGGGCGGUGGAGAGGUUGUAUUAGAUGCAGCGUAAGUCUACUAACACUACUAAAAACUAAUUCCCGUGCAAGUCACCGUCCCUGUUUCCAGCCUGACGACGGACAUUGUCGAAACCAACAGUCGGACUGUCUGCAUAUGCACAUCUAUUUGAAGAAAAGUGGGUCCGUUGGGAAAUUGAACAAACUUUAUUUCGAAAAUUCUCGACGCUGGAUCUCCAAGCCGUUGUCACAUCUGUAAAAAGGCAUAAAUAACAGUUGAAAUUUGAACACGCCCCAAAAUCGACAUUGCUUUGUCAGUGCUGCCAGUGGUCUGACACCACAUAUUGGUUAGCUAUAGGCUUUGACACUUUUCUUUGGAAUUUUUGUAAAUGGCAUCCAGCUCGAUGUGCCGACUGAUGCAUGAAUCAUCAAAAUGAAUGACCUCCAAACAGCUAACUGUUUUUUUGUGCUCCCACCCUAUCAAACGAUUUUUUACACCGCGUAUAUAUACAUAUAUAUGAUAAGAUAAGGCGAUCACAGGAACCAUGGAUUUAUUUGCCUGACUUUUGGAAAGCAGACAAACUUCCAUCAUCGGAGGUGGGCUGCGUACUGCACUUCAUGGCAUUUAAGGGUUUUCUUUCGUUCUAGCGUGACGCUGACUUCCAGCGCGCUGCAUCACAAGGCUUGACGAUUGUUGUCAUGGCGGCAUCGGUUCCUCCUCAUCAUUCGUCGGGUGUGGGGAGGAGAGCGGCGUUGGGGUGACCGCGGCCAUUGCUCUUGUUUGCAUUGUCCGUUGUCCGCCCUCCACGUAUCUCGCCUACCUACCCCGUUCGCACCUGCCCGUAACCGUGUGGACGGUGGUUGUCGUGCCAGUGUUGACGUCGGGCUGGGGGUCCUGUCACUGUCGCGUGUUCUCACCGAGUGCUCGCGUCUGUCUGCGCCCGGACCCAGAGGGCGGUCUCCUGGGUUCGCGUUCGCCGCCGGUUCUCCCCUGUUUUCGUCUGUUCCCGAUGUUUGUCUAUGCCCAUCCGUGUACCCGCUUGGUUUGGUUCUGACUACUGCCGUCUCUGGCCUGACGCCUCACCUCCCAUAUAUAUACAUCACAUAUAUCGUUUAUAUGGCUCACUUUGUUUGAGGAGAGCUAUGUGCAUGAAGAUGGGUAGACGAAGCAACAACUCGAAACGUCAGAUCUUCAAUGCAUCUCUCCCGAUGAACGCCUCCGUUCCAGUUAAGAGCAUAAGAAUGAAAAGUGUCAACUACCAGUCUACAUUUCGGACCGGUGGCUCAAACGUCCACCUCUCUUAUUGCAAAUACUUUAUAGAAAGUCCUGUAUAUUGGUGUGUGUGUGAUUUGGAAGAACUGAGAAGAAGGGAGGAGUUGAAGAAGACAGACUGAUAGAUAAUUGCUCUUGUAGGACCAAACAAUCCUUGGCAGUGCUGUAAGUGGACGGCAUAAAGACGCCAUACUUAACCGGGCAGGAAUUUACAAGCACAGCCUUUCAUUAAGUGUAAUUUUAUCAUGAUUCCUUAUAUUAUUCGCUUUGAAUAGAGAGGUCCCUUCACUGCUGGAGGAGGAAUUUGUGAAGCAGAUUGCCCAAGUUCACAAGAAAUCGCCAGCUCAGAUUCUGCUUCGGCAUGCGAUAGAGCGCGGUAUUACAGCAAUCCCACACUGCCCGUUUGAGGAGGGUAUUAAGGAAAAUAUCGACGUGAGCAUUUUUCUCUCCUCUGCUCUUUAUCAUUUGGUAGGAAAUUUUUAUUUUCGUCCCUUCUUGAUUUUGUGUUCCUCUUUUCGUGCGCCAGACAAACCGCGGUUAGACAUUUAAAAAAGUGUUGACAGUCAUCUCUGUUGUCACAGAAGAUGACUGUCCGACAUCAGGGCCAACUUCCGCCUUCUCUUCCCACCACCACCAACACCACCACCACCACCACCACCAUCAACACCACCACCACCACCACCACCACAACUGCCAUGUUUUUCCGCUCCCCCUCCUCCUCCCCUUCUCACUUCCACCUCAUACUCCUCCUCACCAUAAUCGCUCCAACUCGGUCGGAACGCGCCACCUGUUUGACAUAUAAUGUCCUCCUCCGUCUUCCUUUUUAAAAUAAUUUAUUGGUUCUUUGCCAGGCGUCCUUGGUUAGCACAUGAAACCUUAAGGCAAAAUUUUUGUCUAUUGUGUGUGCUGCCUUCAGCUGUCACGUCAGACCCAAUAAAUCACCAAUCUCUGGUUAUACCACAUAACACUUGAGAGAUUAGAGCGUUAGCCUGACUUGAACACAACAAUCGCGCUGUUCGCGCUUCGGAGCAUUCAAGUAGCGAAAAUGUAAACCAACGGUGUCAUGUGGGGUUAUUUGUGUCGCCAAAAUCAGAGCACCUGUCGUUCAGCAGUUGGCGACCAAACAGAAGCGGACGUGCGAUGUUCGAUGAACUUUGCAACGCCCUUGAGACACCUAUAAACACUGUUUAUUUUGUACAUUUUCACUCCUCAUGGAAUUGUAUUGGCCUGACGAAGAAUUACCGAAAACACGUGUCAGCCAACUUGACUUUUAAAUAGUAUUACUAGGAUGAAGUAGACAAAGUGAUUAGCCCCAAUUCCAGGCUACUUCCCGCGUAGCUGUAACCCGCCUCCUUAUACGGACUAGUUUCCGGUCAUCUUGGUUGUUCACGUUCAGCAAAAAGUACUACUUAUACAGUUUUUAUCUGGUAUCGCCAACAUGUUCGACACGCAAAGUACGACCCGCGAGAAUUUGAUUCACGUACACGGCAGGAUAGAGGUUCAGUCAAUAGUCAAAACGCCAUCACGCGUGGGAAUCGAUUUGUGGUUGUAGUACAUGCUCAUCAAGUUUCCUGAUCUUUCCUCCUGUAAGCGAAUCGGCAAAUGUCAGUCGUUGUACAAUGCGUUUUGUUAGAUACUGUGGGUUCUAACCUAUUCUGGCCAACCGAUAAACUAACAAAAUUUUGCUGAUUUUUCGUUAGAUGAGGACGCCAAAUUGUGAUAUGUGGUAAAGCAGCCGCUGUUAUUUCAUUCUGCCUGAUUUUCAUUCUUUUUCUUCCCUCUAAACACUAUUUAAGAUCUUCGAAUUUUCUCUGACGAAAGAGGAAAUGGAAAUUCUCAACGCACACAGUCGCAACUGUCGUCUCUUUGACAUGCCAGCGUAGGUCUUGUUUUCUUCCAGUAGUGCAACUAACCCGCCUUUAUUUCAGCUCGGCGGGCCAACCGGAGUAUCCAUUCUAA